AUGAGUGAAUUCGUCUUAAUCAAAGAAUCUGAUAAUAAUAAAUAAGCAAUAAGAGAAUUAAUUCUUCCUUCUUUAUUAACAGCAAUGAGUUUUAUACUAGGAUAUUUUCCAAAUACAAUUUCGAUAUACUUAAUUGAAUUUAAAGAGUAGGAUUCAGUAUUAGUAGGAGCAUUAGGAUUGGGUAUUUUAACUACUUAGGCUAUUGGUAUGGGAAUAUUGAAUGGUAUUGCAACUGGUUUAGAAACUUUGGUAUCGUAAGCUUAUGGAGCAAAUUAAUUUGAAUUGUGUGCAAAACUAUAUUAUCGAUCAUUAUUUGUAUGUACAUUAUUUAUGAUACCAAUAUCAUUAUUUUUAUUAUUUUCAACGCAAUUGAUGUCACUUAUAAAUAGGUAUAAAUGUCAUUCAAUUUAGUAAUGAAUAAUUAGUAUAAUAAGCAGGAGAGUUUAAUAAAUAUAUGGUUGCAGCAGUAUAUUUAGAUGCUAUUUUUGUGAAUACUAAGGUAUUUCUCAAUGGUUAAAACAUUUAUAAUUAUCAAUUUUAUACAUAACUAAUCUCAUGCAUAUUUUUUUUUGGAAUUAGUUAUUUUUUUAUUGUGACAGAAGGAAUGGGAUUGAUUGGAUGUUCACUAGGUUGGACUUGCUUUGAAAUUGUGAAUAAUAUAGUGUUAUUUACUUUCAUUUUUGUAACUAAAUGUUGUGAAAAUACAUUAUUUCGAUUUAAAAUUAUAUAUUUACAUAAUACAAUUAAAUUUUUAAAAGAAGCUAUUCCUAUUGGAUCAAUUUUAUUAUUGGAAUGGAUAAGUUAUGAUAUAUAUUUAGUACUUGUUAGUUAUUUAAAUGAAUCACUAAUUAGUGCUCAUGUUUUGAUGGCUAAUUUUGCAUCAUUCAUUUAUUAAUUUAGUUAUGGUAUUUCUAUAGCAUCUACGACAUUUGUUGGAAAUGAAAUGGGAAGAAAAAAUAUUAUAAUGGCCAAAAAAUAUGCAAAAGCAACUUUUUUAAUUGUUAUUAUAUUUUUAGUAAUAACUUUGGGAUCUUUCUCUAUUUUUGGAAAAUAAUUGAUCGAAAAAGUAAGUCAUGAAGAAAUUGUUGUUAAUGAAAUAUAGAAUUUAUUAUUUAUUCUACUGUUUUUCAUUUUGAUAGAUGGUAACAAAAUCAAACUUAAUAUCUUAGGAUUAUAAGCUAUUAUUUCUGGAUUGGUAAGAGCUGUUGGUAGAGAAUCCAGUGCUUCUAUAACAUUUGUAUUUUGCUAUCUUGUUUUAGGUGAAGUUGUGGGAUAUUUAUUAUGUUAUACUUUAGAUUUAUAACUAAAAGGAAUUUGGAUUGGAAUGACAGUAGGAGCUUUGACUUAUGAUAUUAUUCAAUUUAUUAAUUUAAUUUGGAAAAACUGGAAUGAAUAAGCUGAACUUAUAGAAAAAAAAAUUUUAGCAUUGCAUUAAUUAUAGAUCCAAUUGUUAUAGAGUGAGGAAUAAAUGUGA